UCGUGCUGCAAACGCCGUGCCAACUAGCCUCUGGGAGUCAAUCGAAGCUCCCCCGGCCGCGUGGGUCAAGGAAGAUGCCGCUGCCGACGCCGACGAGGUCCUUGAGUUGAGGAUUCAGCUCAAGCAUCAGAACAUGGCCCAGAUGCAAAAAUUGGCAAUGGAUAUUGCCACUCCAGGCCAUGCAAAGUAUGGAAAGCAUAUGACCCGUGAUGAGAUCGAUGCGAUCAUCGCACCCUCGGGCGAAUCGCGUCAGCUCGUCUUUGAGUGGCUUGGAAACCAUAGUCUUGCCAACUCCGCUGUUCUCAACCCUCGUGGCAACAUUGUUGUUAUAAACACAACCAUCAGCGGAGCUGAGACGCUCUUGGGCACAAAAUAUGACACCUACUCGAACACAGAGACCGGAGUCAAGGCAACCAGAGCCCUCAGUGUGAACUUGCCCGAGGUUCUUUUUGAUCACAUUGAGACUAUCCAACCCACCACCUUCUUCGGCUUCCGCCAGUUGAGGCCUCAACUUCGCGUCAAUGAUAGCAGCAUCAGCCCUGAGGUCACCUACACAACUCCGACCAUCCUGGCAAGCCUUUACAGCUUCAGAGGCAUUUCCACCUUGACUAAAGGCAAAAUGGGCAUUGCUGGUUUCAUCAAGCAGUACCCCAGUCAGUCGGAUCUGAAGACCUUUUUGGGUAAAUUUGCCAUUUCAGGGUUUGGUAAUAGCGCUCAGUCUUACACUUGCACUACUGUCAAUGCUGGUACCUGCCCAGCCAGCAACCCAGGUGACGAGGCGAACUUGGAUGUGCAAUACGCCCGUGCCAUUACCAGCGAUAUCCCCAACGAGUUCUACUCUGUUGGUGGUAACGACAACCAGAUCUACGAGUACCUUUCAGAAUAUCUCUUGGGUCUCAGCGCCGCCGAGCGUCCGAAUGUCAUAUCUGUCUCAUAUGGCGGAGAUGAGAGCUCUGUCACCAAGAGUGUAGCUCAGACGACUUGCAACCAGUUCAUGCAACUUGGAGCCGCUGGUGUUUCUGUUAUUUUUGCGUCUGGCGACUCCGGUGUUGGUUCAGGCUGUACCAUUAGCGGUAAGAAAGCUUAUCAGCCCGACUUCCCCGGUGGCUGCCCUUAUGUCACCAUGGUCGGAGGCACCACAGGAAGCACGACCGAGUCUGCCUGGACCUCAGGUGGUGGUGGUUUCUCCAACUACUUCACUCAGCCAGAUUACCAGACAACUCAGGUUCAGUCUUGGCUCUCUAAGAACAACGACGGUAACACGGCUUAUUACAACAGUGCCGGCCGCGCUUAUCCUGAUGUCGCUGCGGCUGCCACCUAUUUUGAAAUUGUUGUUAGUGGCAAGACUGAAGCUGUCGACGGAACUUCCUGUGCUGCGCCAACGUUCGCCAGUGUGAUUGAGCUCGUUAAUAGCAACCGUCUUGCUGCUGGCAAAGCUGCUCUUGGUUUCCUUAACCCUUGGCUGUACGGCAAUGCUUCCAGCGCUUUGAACGAUAUUACCUCUGGCAAGAUCGGUGGUUGCCCCGUCAUCUCAGGCGCAGGUUUCACCGCCAUUGCUGGAUGGGACCCUGCCACGGGCUUGGGCACUCCCAAUUACCAGAAACUGUUAGCAGCCUCUGAUGCUGUUUAAGUGGACUGACAGAUAGCGGCCGGCCGGAACCACGGACCAAGUUUGUGCUUUCCUCCCUC